UCAAUCAAUACACGUCGACUACUGAAGAAAGAUGUGAAACUCUCAACUGACAAUCGCUUGUUUCAAGAUCAUGUGGAGUAGCAAUAUGGAUUAAAACAAUAUGAACUUCCGGAGUUUGAUUGUCAUUGUCUCACUUCUGGUGUGCACAGAGAGUACAUGCGUCUUCCCGGGGAAUUUUUGGUCGUCUGGCAUUGACUCUUGGUAUGAUAGCCACAAGGGAACCCUUAAUUUCACAUCCACCACCCUCGCUGGUUGGCAGGUGUGGACGAUAGGUUCUUUCACAUUUACCUGCGACAGUACGGACCAGACCAACUACGUCCUAAGAUCCGAAGAAUUUACGUAUCUUGGACUAAAUUUGGAAGCUUUCCUAUGCCUGCGGAUGACUCAACAAUCAAGCACCAAAUACACCUACGACACCCCGACCAAUCAGUUGAGUGACGCUGGAAAUGAAAGAAUCAAAAUAUAUCUAAAAGAUGACAAAAAGGUAGUGAACGUAAUAAGCGACUUCUGCGAUGCCAGUUCAGCGACGGAUCUAACGAAUCACAUCAUGGUCAAAGAGGGUGGAAUCGAAGACGCCAAAAUAACUUGUCCUAGCCAGUUGCAGAUGAACUGGAACUACACUUAUGACACCGGCAGUGGAAACGUGUGCGACGAUGCUUACCUCGACGUCUGUACUAACACAGGAGUUUUAGAUUUUGAUUACACGAAAUGUACCCAGACCCAAGCAUACUCCACUUCUGGAGAAUUAUACUGCCUGCACUCUACAACGGUUGGUUCCUACACUUAUCUGUAUGUGUAUAACACAGAUACAACAACAGACGAAUCCACCACCUACAGAUUCACUUGUUACAUCAUAUCCUCCGAUAGUAACAAUGUUUUCAUGUCCCAGAAUCCUCAAGACUGUCCACCAAAUGGGAACUCUACGUACGCCGACUCUAACGGAGCUCUCGUUGUUCUGUCGUCUCUCUCAGUUUGUCCAACUGAAGAAACAUACAGUGCGACAGUGGCGAUCGUACUUGGAUUACUAGCAUUUCUUAUAGUAAUUGCCAUUGUAAUAGCCUUAGUAUAUUACUGUUACAAACGAAAGAAACGACUUGAAGCCGAAGCAUUGAAGAAAAAGGAAGAAGAGGAUCGACUAGAAAGAAUAGAAAGAGAAAGAAAAGAAAGAAUUCGAAUGGAAAAAGCUGCCCUCACUCCUACCCUUGACCUGGGCCUGCCAGACGAUUCGGUGUAUGACAUCACGCGCCUAUUCUACGAGGACGAAGAGCCCGUAACGCCAACAAAAGUGGAGACCGACUUAAACGAAAGACUUAUAGAUCGAGACAAUGAGGCUUUCAAGAAUGAUGAAUUUAUGGAUGAAUACAAACUGCGACAAAUGCUGAAGCAAGCUCGGAAAGACAGAUUGAAACCUAAGAAAAGAAGCAAUUAUGAAAAGAUAGAUUUAUCUAAGAUAGACAAGUCUAAGAACCGCUGGGAAAUACAUAAAGCCCUGGCGGCGGCGAGCCGAGCACAUGCCCGUGCUGUAGCAGAUGGCGACACAUCACUGGGGAGUUCACCGUUUAUGUCUACGGGGUCCAAGUCAUCCCUCCAUACAAAACGUGUUUCGAAGAAGGAAGUUCCCAAUAUCUUGCAGUAUGCAUCCAAUAUGCUUGUGCUUCAUUUGAAAAACAGCAAAGAAACUAAAAAGAUGAAAACUACAAAAUCUGAUCGGGUAAAUGGCUGGUAUCCCUUGUCAUCACCAGGACAAAGGAAGGACACAAGGUCUCCUUUGUCAUGGAAAGAUAUAUUGGAAAAUUCCUACCAUAUGGAGGAUUAUUCCGAAUAUGCUAGAGUACCAAAAGGAAACACAGGAUUUCUACCCAGUCGAAAGCAUAGAAAGGUUGCGGAUGCCGAGCUUGAUCGGGAAAUAGAUCCAGAAAAUGUGAAACAUCGAUGGCAUCAUCUUAAAUAGAGAAUAGAUAUGAGCCAAAUAGUUUUGUUCAUUUCUUGCACUUGCUUUUUAAGCUCCAGUCACGCAUCGCCGAAUAGCUUUUCCUUACGUCGAAACGGGGGCACUUGAAACCAUUCCUUAAUUUUCUUCUGUUUGCGACAUUACCUCAUUGAUUAUGUGAAUACGUUCAAUAGCAAUUUUAGAUAAUGUUUGGUGAACUCUGUUCUAUCGGGCUAAAAUUUUUUAACAUGUAUAAAUUUUGAACAGAUACAAACGGAAUAAGAUAAGAAAUACACGAACUUCUUUUGCUGUAUUUUUCUUUCGUUAAUCUCUCGUUGACCUCAUUCACAACCAAGGAUAAAGCGGUUCUGCUCUGACUUGACUAGUACAAGGUUCGAUCAAUGAAGUUUGUUAACUCCGUCCCAAAGUGCUUAUGCAACAAAAUUUUAAAAUUGCAUGUACUCUGCAUUACAUAUUAGUGAAUAAUCCAGGGUCAAAACGAUAUUUGUUCACAAAAUUGAAUUAAAAAAUAUUUGGUUUCUCUAUUGAAACCCUUCCUCUAUCUUGUCGGGUUUAAGAACUACUCAAAUAUAAAGUCUACGAAGAUUUUUUUUUCACAUGAAAGCCCACGGAUGAUAACAUUAGAAUUUCAUGGGGUGUCCCGGAUGAGUUCACAUAUCAAAUAUCGUUAAUUUUUUCCGUAGGAAAUGUGAUUUCGUUCCUGUGAGUUUCUCCGGGUAAAAAGAUAUGGCGUGAUUCGUGAUUAUGCACAUGUAGAAGGUUUGUUUUCGCUUUUAUCAAUUUCAAACCGAUCAAUUGUAGUUUGGAAGGUAUUUGCAUUUUCGUUAAGAAUCGUCAAAAGACGGAAAUGAUAACUUAGAACAAACUAUUGAUAGCGUACGUGUGUAUAACGUUGAUGGAAACUUCAGUAUCUGUUUUAUACUCUUCAAAACUCCGAGGCAGGAACAUUUGCGACGGAGAAACAACAAGUAACCCGUGAGAUGAGUUUUAUUGUCGAUUCCUCAUACGUUGGACGGCCAUGAGCGAUAUCUGUUCAUAUGUUGCUGAGACAUCAGUCGUUCUUACAAAUACCGUUUUGUCCGCUUUCAUGCGAUGCGCAUGUUUUACAUGGUAUUUGUCAAAAACUAUGAGCGAUGUGGUCCGCCAGGUUAUUUUAGCUUGCACUGUAUGUUUUUGGUGAUCUUUUGGUCUUUACCUUAUCGAAAAACUUUAGACUAUAACCAAGAGUCUUGAUUUGUUUAGCCGAACAACCAGUCUCUCUAUCUCCUGUUUUUACUCGUUCGACGUUCGUUCUGCUUAUUCAUUGAGCUUUGAUUAAGAUGUCAUAUUUUGUAACUUUCAGUAAAACUUGAAGUGAAUUUUAUCAUUAAUAAAUUUACAUUUGCAAAUAU